GGCCUGUUUAUUUUUUUAACAAGAUUUUUAUUUCAUUAGAAUGAGUUUACGUUUAAUUUCCAGCAAAAGUGUUUUCAACACACAGAAUAUAGUCAAGGUACAAAGCGCACGAUUUGGAAGCUUGUCGGUGAGCCCUUUAUUUUUCAAUGGAGGAGCAACAACAGUUGUGUCUAGCGAGAGUGUGACCCGUAACACGUUUGAAGUACCUACAUGGUUAGAAGCGAUUCUUUGGGCUGCACCCAAGAAGAAGACAUCUCACUCCAAGAAGCGUAUGAGAGCUUCCAACAAGGGUAUACCCAUUAAAGAAAACGUCACAUCCUGUCCUGCCUGUGGAAGCAAUAAGCUCUUACAUCAUUUAUGUGGAAAUUGUUACAGCGAUAUCAAGAAGAAGGCAAAGCUUCCCAUUGUUGACGCCUAAAAUAUUAGAAAAUUAAAACAAUCGAAAAAUUAUUGUAAAUAAAUAAAUAAAUAAAAAAAAAAAAAUAGCUUAUAAACGAAA